AAAAGUGAGUGCAGCGGUCGGUAGGCGUGGCUCACCUGUAGUGACGUACCGCGCUGAGAAGGAAUGUGAUAUUCUGCUCAAAUCUUCUCAAAACAUGUCGAGUAUCAGACACAGACUGAUUUGACAUCUAUACAUCUUUCUACAUGUCAUAUUAAACAGGGGAUUCGUGGGAACCUCAAGCCGAUGUUUUUGAAGUGACCAGCCGAACAAGAAACCAGGUGCCAUGUCUCACAGACAGUCCAUGGAUGACCAAACUCUCCUGCUUUCGGAAAGCCGCUUCUCCUCCACCCUUAAGCUGGAACAACCGUCCGGACGUUCGACUUCCAACAUCGAUCUGUCCAGAGUGAGUUUGCCGGAGGAUGAGAGGAAACCUGUGGUACUCAGUACCCAGAGCGAAGCUGCCCGUAAGCAGGGCACGCAGCAGCUCAUUCCCAAAAACCUGGCCGUUUCGAGCCGCACAAAAAACCAUCACCGCCAUCACACCACUGUGGUGACCCUGCCCGUCCCAGACGUGUCCUGGGAUGACUACGACAGCGACGGAAGUGACGGCUUCUCGCUGAGAAGAAACCGCAGAAAUCAGUCUUACCGGGCUGCGGUCACCAGUCUGAAUCUUGAUGCGUUCGAAGACAAAGUUGAUCUUCUGGCGCCUGUUAGUGAGGAGAAACCUUCACCCGUCAGCACAAAACAACCGAAAAAAUCAGCAAGCAAGAGAACAUUGGGCAGGAUAAGAAACAGAAAACAAACAGGAUCAUUUAAAGACGACCCACGCUUCUAUCAGGACAUCAAAGAGAGAGGUCUGAACAAUAACCUGAGCACAGAAGAGGAUGAGUUUUCUCCGACUGAACCUCCAGAUCCAGAUCAGGGCAUUGUGGUGAAAAACUACAGGGCAUCUUAUAUAACAUGGAGUCAGUUACAACCGGUGAAGGAGAUGGGCAUUUUGGACAUCAUUACCCCUGAGGAACGCAAAAGACAAGAAGCCAUCUUUGAAAUCAUCACAUCAGAAUAUUCAUACCAGCACAGUCUCAGUAUCCUGGUCCGGCAUUUUAAAGACAACGCGGAGCUCAAGAAGACCAUGAACGCUACAGAACAUCAUCAUCUCUUCUCCAACAUUUCUGUCAUCCUGGAAGUCAGCAAACGAUUUUUUGAGGAGCUGGAGAGUCGUCACCACAAUCACCCUUUGAUCGAGGACAUCAGUGACAUCAUGCAGUCUCACGCCGUUCAACACUUCAGACCUUAUAUUGUCUACUGCUCCAAUGAGACCUUUCAGCAGAGAACCCUCCAGAAACUCCUCAUAAGUAACAAUGCAUUUCGAGAGACGCUGAAGCGGAUUGAAAGCAGUGAGGAGUGUGGCGGUCUGCCCAUGAUCUCCUUCCUCAUCUUACCCAUGCAAAGAGUGACCCGUCUGCCUCUACUGAUGGACACCAUCUGUCAGAAGACCCCUAAAGAAACACCAGCUUAUACAGAUGGCUGCUUGGCUUUAAAAGCUAUCAGUAAGCUGGUGAAGAGCUGUAAUGAUGGAGCCAGGAGGAUGGAGAGAACAGAGCAGAUGUACACCAUCCAGAAACAGAUGGAGUUUGGUAAAAUCAAGCCGUUCCCGCUGGUGUCGUCGUCCCGCUGGCUGAAGAAAAGUGGAGAGCUGGCUUUGUUCACCGAAGAUCUCAGCAUCUUCAAAAAGGCCUUCAGUUACAGGAGCUACUACCUUUUCCUCUUCAAUGAUGUGCUCAUCGUCACCAAGAAAAAGAGUGAGGAGAGUUACGUUGUGUUGGACUACGCCACUGUGAAGAAUGUGAGCGUAGAAGAGGAGACGAGCGACUCGAAAUUCAGUCUAAAGCUGCUGAUGAGUCCUAACAGUGACGGGCGCUCUGAUCGCAUGACACUGGUGGCAGAAAGCAGACUGGAUAGAGCCCGAUGGAUUACAGCCCUCAGUGAUCUCAAACAAAACAAGCCCAAAACUAAUGAUGGUGAUUUGCCCCAGUAUGAAGCAACUAAAGCCUACAUGCCCAAAAGCCCAGAUGAACUGAGUCUACAGCAGGCCGAGCUGGUCAUUGUGCUGCAGGAGGUGGACGAUUGGUGUCAUGGAGAGCGGAUGAGAGACGGGGAGAGAGGCUGGUUUCCUGCUAACUGUGCCUCUCAGAUCACCAACCGCACAGCCAUGGAGUGUAACAUUAAACGGAUGGAGCGUCUCCGAAAAGAGACCAAUGUCUGAAGACUUUCAGCAUGUUAAAUGACUUUUACUGGAAAUUAUGAGUGUGUGUGUGUGUGAAGAAACAAGGCAUACUACAGGAAAUGUUUCUGAUUUUAUUUCAGCUUGCUUUUGUUAAAAUUCAUGUUUGGAUACAUAAAAAGUUAUUUAAAAAUGUCAAA